CAGAAACAGAAACGAGGGAUGAUAUCAAAAGUCUUUGGAAGAGUACUGUGAAAGACGAGAGAAGAAACGGGCGGCCGACUCGAAUCUGGGACACGAGUCCCUGUGUAGUCGCGGAGAAAAGAAGCGGAUAAAAUGAUCAAAGUUUUGCCCCUUAUGGCGAAUGAGAAUACUGGUGGGGGAAAAGUACUCAAGGCGCAAUUCGUUUCGUGUAUUUAUUUUUUAUUCUUCUUUGGCUCUGCCGCCGCCCGGAGUGUCCGCCAAGUCGUGUCGAGUGUGUUUGCUCGUCUGUCCGGGUUGUUUGCCGCUGGUGCUGGGGGUACCGAUAUGGGCGGGAUUGGCGUAUCUUGUUUUUUCUUAUGUGCGUUUGCAUCGCACUAUGUGUCUCGAGGAGGGUAAUAGAGUUAUCUUCCUCGCAGCUGUCAUUUAAGCAAAAAAUAAUAAGGAAAAGAAAAAUUAUCAUAAAGCAUCAAGUU